GGGAGGGGAGAGGAGUAAGUGGUGAAUUUGGCGCCUGCGCGGUGGGGGGGAAAUGUUGGCUGCGGUGUGGCUGGCUUUGGCUGCUUGUUUCUUCGCCGCGCUGCUGGUUCUGCUAGUCCUGCCGCUGAAAAGAUCACCCGGGGCUCUCUCGCUUAACCUCUCCGGGAUCUUUCAAGAUCUGAUCCGGUACGGGAAGACCAAGACAGCCUGUGGGCAGCGUCCUGCCCUUCUGCAGAUCUUUGAUGUUCCCAAGAGGUGGUUCUACCAUUUUUAUGUUGUGUCUGUGACCUGGAAUGGCUUCGUGUUACUGCUGUUUACGCAGUGUGUGCUUUUCUCUCGAUCGUUUCCCUCCUGGCUUCAGGAUUUGCUUGACAUUCUUGUUGGAGCAAAGGAAGACAGAGGCGUCGGUGGCUCAGAAAAUGGUGCUGAAUUCCUGUCAGCCUUCCUGGUCUGCUUUUUGGUCUGGGUGAAUAGCUGUCGACGGUUAAAAGAAUGUCUUCACGUCAGCAUCUAUUCUGGAGGGGUCAUUCAUUUUGCACACUACUGCUUUGGCCUUUUUUACUAUGUUUUGGUGGGGUUCACAGUGUUGUGUCAGGUGCCAGCAAAUGGUAGAGAAGGCAAAGCUCACUCACUGACAGUCCGCUGGUACCACGUUCUAGGACUUGUGAUGUUCUGUUGGGCUUCUGCCCAUCAACACAGAUGUCAUGUUAUUCUUGCUAACCUUCGAAAAGAUAAAUCAGGAAAGGUCUCCAGUUUGGAUCACAGCAUUCCUUUUGGAGACUGGUUUGAAAUGGUGUCCAGUCCUCAUUAUUUUGCAGAAUUUCUCAUAUAUACAUCAAUGGCUGUCACUUUUGGAUUUUAUAACUUAACUUGGUGGCUAGUGGUGACAUACGUCUUUUUUAACCAGGCAGUAAGUGCUGUUUUGUGCCACGAAUAUUACUUAAACAAAUUUAAGCACUAUCCAAAAUAUCGGAAAGCAUAUAUACCUUUUAUUUUUUAAAUUAUUUAUAUUAAAUGGAGUGUGAUUCUAGAUUUGCAGCGAUUAAAGAGCUUGAAUUUUUCUGGGAUGAAGUGAUUAUUACCAUUUUUUUUUUGUUGGGGAAAUUGAAUUGCUGCUGAUCAUUCUAUAGGUCAUUUAUUAAACACAGCUGGGUGUAUGAAAACAUGCCUCUGUUCUGUUGUGAUAACCAGAGCAAUUUUAUGUAAUCUACUUAGAAGAAAGUUCAAUUGAGUUUAAUCAGUGGUCAAAUGUAAAAUU